AAACCGGAAGGGGCGGUCCGACGCCCGGCCGGCCUUUCUUCGCGGAAGCGCGCCGGAGGCCUUGGAGCGUCGGACCGGCGCUGAGCGGGAGUGGCGAUGCUGGCGCUGCGGGCGGCGCGCGGGGUCUCCGGGGGGCGGCCGUGGCGGCUGCUGCGGGAGGGCGCCCGGCGGGCGGGUCCCGGGCCGGCGCGGAGGAGCGCCUCGGGGCUGCCCAUGAACACGGUGGUGCUCUUCGUGCCGCAGCAGGAGGCCUGGGUGGUGGAGCGCAUGGGCCGCUUCCAGCGCAUCCUCGAGCCGGGACUGAAUUUCCUCAUCCCGCUCCUAGACCGCAUCCGCUACGUCCAAAGCCUCAAGGAAAUUGUCAUCAACGUGCCAGAGCAGUCGGCUAUUACUCACGAUAACGUGACCCUCCAGAUCGACGGCGUUCUCUACCUGCGCAUCAUGGAUCCCUACAAGGCUAGUUAUGGGGUGGAGGAUCCCGAGUAUGCCGUCACACAGCUUGCCCAGACCACCAUGCGAUCCGAGCUGGGCAAGCUCUCCCUGGAUAAAGUCUUCCGGGAGCGUGAAUCCCUCAAUGCCAGCAUUGUGUACGCCAUCAACCAGGCCUCGGACUACUGGGGCAUCCGGUGCCUGCGCUACGAGAUCAAGGACAUCCACGUGCCCCCCCGAGUGAAAGAGUCCAUGCAGAUGCAGGUGGAGGCUGAGAGGCGCAAGAGGGCCACUGUCUUGGAGUCUGAAGGGAUUCGAGAAUCGGCCAUCAACGUGGCCGAGGGGAAGAAGCAGGCCCAGAUCCUGGCUUCAGAGGCUGAGAAAGCGGAGCGGAUCAACGAGGCUGCCGGGGAUGCCAGCGCCAUCCUGGUGAAGGCCCAAGCCAAGGCCGAGGCUAUCGGACUCCUGAGCAUGGCUCUGACCCAGCAGAAUGGCAACAUGGCGGCUUCUCUGUCGGUGGCUGAGCAAUACGUGCAGGCCUUCUCCCAGCUGGCGAAGGAGUCCAACACCAUCCUCCUGCCCACCAGCACCGGAGACGUGACCAGCAUGGUCACCCAGGCCAUGUCCAUCUAUUCCUCCCUGAACAAGACUCAGGCGCCCCCGGAGAGCCUGGAGGACCCCUCUGCCUCCCCCCAGUUGGCACAGCAGCCCCCCAGCAGCACCAGCUACAUAGACCUGGAGCAGUCGAGCACCAGCUAGCGGGAGCCCAUGGCCAUGGGGCCAGAGAAGCACCCUCCCCCCCCCAGGACUGGUCCCCAAGGAGCCCCAGACUCCUCCUGGUUUAUUUUUGGAUUGGAUUGAAUCAUGUUGUAAUAAAAGGAGAUGGCAGA